AUGGCUGACCCUAUGGUCACUCCUCCUGUUGCUGAAGAGGCAGUGAUUGUGGAAGAAGUGCGUGAAGAAACUAAAUCAGAUGAAUUACUUGCAAAUGUUGUGGGUUCAUCUGUUAUCAAGAAGCUAGAAAGGAAGAAGACUCAACAGGAAGCAAGAAAAUAUAUCACGAGAUCUUCUACCUCUCACAAGAAAGUUGCUUCUGGUUCUGGUAAGAAGCACAAAAAGAAAACUGUCAUUGUUAUUGAUGACUCCCCUGUGAAGAAGAGUGUGAAGAGGAAGUUGUCUGCUGAUGUAGAUGCUGAAGAGUCUGAUGUGGAACCAAAUGUUCCUGACAUUGUUCCAUCUGCAAAGAAAAGAAGAGCUAGAAAAAGAAUUCCAGAGAAGGUACCUGCUGCUCCUAUGGAUAAUGUCUCUUUUCAUUCUGAAGAGAGUGUCACCAAAUGGAAACUUGUUUACAAGUGUAGGAUUGCUCAGGAACGGGAGUUGGCUGCUGAGGUUCUUGCUUGCCAAGUUGUGAUGGAGUUACUUGAAGAAGCUGGGAUGAUGAAGACAGUGGUUGGUUUAGGAACAUGUUUUGACAAACUGGUGAAGGAAUUCAUUGUCAACAUCUCUGUGGAUUGCAAUGUCUCUGGAAGUCCAGAGUUUCACAAAGUCUUUGUCAGAGGUAAAUGCAUUCAUUUUUCUCCUUUGGUUGUCAAUAGUUAUUUGGGCAGAAGCUCUGCUGAUGUUGUUGGUGAGGAGAUCUCAUUGGAUGAGAUUGCUGCUGAAAUCACUGCUGGCAAAGUCACGCACUGGCCCUCUAAAGGUUUGUUAUCAUCUGCUUAUCUAAGUGUGAAGUAUGCCAUUUUGAAUCGCAUUGGGGCUGCAAAUUGGGCACCCACCAAGCAUGCUUCUAAUGUAUCCUCUGUGCUUGCAAAGCUGAUAUAUCUGAUUGGCACUCAUGCCCAGAUAGAUUUUGGAACUUUUGUUUUUGAUCAAACAAGGAGGCAUGCUGAUUCCUAUGCCUUGAAGCUUCCUAUUGGUUUUCCUUGUAUGAUCUCUGAGAUUAUUUUGAGUCAACAUCCUGAUAUCCUCUCUGUUGAUGAGUCACCUAGUGUGAAGGCUAGUCCUUUGACUAUUGAUAACAGGUUGCUGAUUGGGACUCAUGUUCCUGAUGUUGCUGGCAUGACUGCUAAGUCUCAUAUGAAGCCAACUGAGACAGUUCUUGCUGAGUUAAUGGAAGUCUCCAGAACUCUUCAAGAGACUAUUACAAGCUGCACUAUCAGGAAGAAGAAUGUUGAUCGCUUCAUCACGGCACUGGGAAAAGGCAAAGUUGAUGACAGCAAUGCCACUGGUGCUGAACAAGCAGGGGAUGCUUCUGAUACAGCUGAUGAACCAGAUGUCUCAGCAUCCAGUGAUUGUUAA